UGUGCUGUGGCUGCACCCACGGCGGCGCGGAGGUCGAUCCACCAACUCUGUGUCCCCUCCCCAUCGGCGCCCCCUGCUGCCGUGCGCGGACACACCUGCAUUAAACGGGGGAAGUCCGUCCGGUUGGAGAGGCAGAGAAAAGAGGCAGGAAGCGAAACACCUUCAGCGGCUCCCAUCCGCACACUUUGAUCCGACAAGGAAAAGCAUGAGUGCGUGAAGACGUGCGGGGAUUGGUGGCAGAGCUACCGAGACUUUGCAGCCGUAGACUCGGGCUGGUUUGUUAGGAUUAAAGGCGAAACAGACCUGCCCAGUUCGGAGUAGAAGAGACGGAGUCUGAGGAGCUGAGCGCACAGGCACCCCGUUUCCCAUAUUCCCCAAAGAAAACAACAGGCUAGGACACACUGUCAGAUAAGUAGACAUGAUAGCGUUCCUCUGCGAGUUGGUGCAGAUUAUAUUUGUUUAUGUGUAACCUAAUGAGUUUAGAAGACGGACCUAAAAAGAAGAAUGGUGUGGCUUUCUGUGUAUUAGACACUGCUGUGGCACAAAGUUAUUAUUCAAUUAACUGUGUUUAUGUGCUAUAAUUACCCACAGCCAAUAUGUGCUGGUGCCUUCCUUUGAGCCUUUUUUAAAAUUGAUUUUUCACAGUAUACAGAUGAUUUGGUUGUACUUUCAUGUCUGCAUUUCAUAAUAUUAAUUUUUCCGUUACUUUUUAUUGCCUAACCCAUGUCUAACCUCAUCAUACUUUUCAUUAUCUUCAAAGUCAUCCAAAGCUUUGACUUCAAAACCAAAUCUGUUAUUUGCAUGUACUAUUCUAAUUCUUAAAAUUUCUUCAGCAGUCUGGGUUGUGAUGACACUUUUUCAACCAGCAAAGUAACGCCUUUACUUUGCUAUUUGAACUUCCUUUAAAAGAGAAGGAAAUAAAACAUGCUGAUACUGUAUCACACCCUAACCUUUGCACCAUGCAGUGGGAACGCACUUACCAAGUGCUUAUAACAUGCACAGUAGAUCAUCAAUACUUAGGGCUACUGUCAUAUACUCUGAGGUCAGUUUUACUGCAUUGUGGAAAAUUCAUAAACCACAGAGAGUGGAAAGCGUUGCCGAUGCUGUAUUCAAGUUAUUUCGAUUGGCACAGAUCAAUACACUGUCCAGGCAUGACCCUACGUGCCUCUUUGCUCAUAUGGAUCUGUUGUAGCUAAAGACUAUAGAUGAAUCAUCGUAGGUCAUCUGAACUAGGUUACGUGCUGUCACUCCAACUACACCAAAUAUACUUUAUUUGGCGAGAUCUUUUGAAGAUGAGGUCUAACUCUUAAAAGCAAGUCAGGCUGAAAACAACAUGUGAUAGACCUCAUUAGAAAAGAGCCUGGAGUCAACACAGAGCGCUGGAUGAAAGAACAGGAGGAGGAGGAGGAGGAGGAAAACAAAGUGAGUCAGUGAUUGUGUCUGUGGAUGACCGUGCAAAGUGGAGUUAUAUGAUAGCUUUGUAUAGGUGAGGUGAGAGUUUGUGGCUGUAUGUGUGUGUGUGUGUGGCGUGGAUGCCAGACAACGAGUGGAGCUGAGAGUAGGACAGAAUCUUAAAUAUCCCCGAGAGGCAUUUUGUUUCACAGUCAGCACAUACACGAGGUCAGGCAUGUAGUGCGUUAUCAAUAGCAGCUGUGCUGUGUCCACCUCUGUCCCUGGGCAUAAAACGUAUCCACCUAUAAGCAUAAUCAAUUCAGUUCAACCAAUUCAAGGUAGUGAGAGUUGGUGAAAGAUUACUUAGGCCCAAAGUCAUUCUGUCUUGUUGCCUACCAGUCUCAAAAUCUUAACUGUAAGCUGCUCUAUGCAAACGUCCCCAGACUACAGCUGCACUGUGCUAAAUGCUAACAUUAGUUGGCUGCUCUAUACAAACAUCUUUAAUCCACAGCUGCAAUGUGCUAAAUGCUAACAUUAAUUGGCUAACAUUCAGUUCUGUUCAGUUUUUACUUAUAUAGCUCUGAAUCACUAAAAAAGUUAUCUCAUGAUGAAGUCUAGACCAAAUUGCUUACAUUGAAGAUACUAUCAUGACCUUUAACUGGACCAUCUGCCAUAUGUCCACUAUUUUAGCUUAGCUUGUAAGAAACCUAACAUCUGAUAAUUAACACUAAAAGCAAAGUAUAGUUUAGGCUGACUGGAAAGUAAUUAGCUCUGCAUAUAUUUGGUUGCUGUAUUUCGUGACCAGGAGCAGUACAACCAGGAAGUCACCCCAAUAAAAGAAACAAGAUGUGACGUGUUAAUUACUGAGCUUGUUAUCUUUGGGCAGUGCCAAGCUAGCUUUAGCCCCCCAUUUCCAGUCUUCAUGCUAAGAUUAUCAACUGCUGGUUCUAGCUUCAAGUGUGGUAUCAAUAAAACUAUAGCAUAGUUGGGAACACGAAUGUCUAUACCAAAUUCCAAGGCAAGGUUGGGAUAUUUCACUUAAAACUGCAUCUUUCAACCUCAUGGUGGAGGGGUAUACAGAAAGAAAGAGGAACUCAUCAAUGUUACUAGGUUGCAUUUUCUGGGGUGCAUUAAUGUACCAAAAUUUCAUUGCAAUUCAUGUGGCUGAAAAUGACAAAUCACCAGUUUCUCUACCUAAAUCAUGAGGUGCUGCUGCAGUGUAGAGAUGUCACUUCAGGUAAUCAACAAAAUAAGAUAGACGGCCAGACACUGAGCCAGCCAUCUCAUUCAUUAUGAUCAUUAUCACUAGACAGCCAAUAUCAAAUUAUAAUAUGCUGAAUAUCACCUCUGAACCCACAAGAGGAAAAGAAGAGGGUUAAAAAAACAAGGACUGAAGGGGGGAAAAGUAGCUUCUUUCCCAUCGUCAGCAGGAGUGAAGCAGAAGUGGACCAGCAUGUUAAUUGGCGAUUUGAUUAGCGUUUUAAUAUUGCAGCUGUGCACAACAGAGGAAAGCAGCCUGCUGUCCAGAGGUUUUUCUUUUUAAAUCAACAGUCACUACUCCAAUGCAGGGGCUGACACAGCUCAAUCAUUAUGCACGCCAUUCAGUCAAUUUCCUCCAACUUCGCACUUGUUUGGCAAUGGAGACUAUUUGACGGAAGCAGAAAUAUUCAAGACAUUUUGAGUUCAAGCUCAGCAUUUAAGAGCCCCAUUUGGGGCUGCCAUAGUAAAGGGGCUGAAUGGGGCUCGCAGCCUGUGCUAAACUGAACUAGAUAGGGUGGAGCUUCAUUUGAGUCAACAGCUGUGUGAGUGGAGGAAGCUCUAUUUGAAAGAGGGAAAUACCAUAUACCAUAUUAGAUAAUAGAUGGAAAAUGGGCAUUUUCAUGAGUCAUAUUUUGCUUAUCUGGGCCUAUAUUGUUACUCUGUUCUUGUGUUUGGGGCUGACAACACUGAGUUUGAUGAAUAGGUGUAUUUCUAAAGCUGGAACCGAUGGGGAGUAAGUAGAGGAGAGAAUGAGUGGGUAAUGACCGAUUUUGCCGCAAACACCACAAAACACCACAGCGUGAAAACAGGUGCAGCGUGCUGUGUAUACAUGUGUGCUUGCAUGCUUUAUGACACAGGGGCUUUGAGUCAGGCAGCAUUACCUGAAGCCAGAGAGGAAUCUGUGGCAAAGACGAGUGAUCCCCCACCCACCCCACAUGCACACCAAAACGCCAGAGAAGACAGCUCACAGGAGAGAUAAGAAGUUAGCCAGAUAAAGGAGCAUUGGUGGUGAGACAGAUGAGGAGAAGAGCGAGGUAGAACAAAGUUCUCCCUUGUGAUCCCUGACAGAGCGAGAACAGUGACACUGACUCAGCCAUUGUCUCCUCACUGUUUCCGGACAGAGUGAGGCUCCUCGGCGUGUGCCUCUGCUGUCCAUUGUGACUGCAGAGGAAGAAAGAAAGGUCGAACUUGUGUGCAUAAAGACCUAUACAGCAUAAUUUCCCUUUGCCAGUCACAUUUGCAGCCCCGAGAAGAGAAAUAAAAUCUCAGCACUAUCCCUAGCCCCGAGCCUAUCCCUCCAUCCUCAGCCCCCUCUCUUCAAACCCCCUUAUCCCUAUCCCACUCCCUCAGCCCAUUCCCUCCCCACCCAGCCCCAGCUUCAGCUCUCUGCCCCAUUCGGAGUCCCAGAUGACAGCUCAGAAACAUCCGUUACCCUCUCACUCCACACGAGCCUUCUUUCCUCUCCCUCCAGCCCCCGUGGCGCUUGGCACCAGUGCCCAUCACAUAGACAGAUGGAGCCAACCCUGACCCCUCUCAUCGCCCGUGGGGACGCCAAGAGAAUCAGCGCUUGACUACAGGAGGAGGGGUGUGCGCAAGUGUGUGUGAGGGGAGAUAGGAAGGAGAGCGGAGGAGAGUAUUGCUUUGUCACCACGGCAACACAUCACCUUGUCUCCUUUGGACUCCCCUUCGGCCCAACCCAAGACCCUCGGAUGAAAACACGCACAGCAGGGAAUUCAGCAGCAGGACCAGAAGGUGACUGCAAAACCAGAUUAGAAAUUCUGUGGAUGUUUGGAUUCUGUGCUUUGGAUCUUGAAGCUAUAAAGAGCAUUUGGAGCCAUUUCUGUAUCCAGUUAUGCUGAGCCAAAAUCAUUCAGGAUCAGGAGACCUGAACUGAUGUCGUGGAACUUUUGUAUACAGCCCAGAGUGGAUAAAACUACAAUAUACUAAGCUCAGUCAACUGUUUUAGUGCAUUUCAUGCAUACAGUCAUUUCCUCUGUAUGUUUGCUACCAACUCAAGACACCAUUGAGAUUUUCGGGAUAAUAUACGAAGCCUGUCAAACUUUUUGAACUCCCUGCUGAUCCUGAUGCACUGGUGGUAACUGUUUGUGAAUGAAAUAAGGAUUGAGAGGAUUAUCACUUUCACAUCUUUCUCUGUGGUGGUGGCAACCUUACUCAGAAGGGUGAAAGUUGUAUCAGGAUGCCUGAACUGGACAACUUUGCCCCUCUGAGGGAUCCCAGAGGCCCUGAUCUGGGCCUAAAUGGUCCAGCUGACCCACUUCGGAUUCAGCACAGCAUCCUGGAGGAGCAGGUGGAGCUGUGGUGGUUCAGAGAUCCUGGGAAGUCUCUGCUCUGCUACUGCGUGGCCGUACUUCUAAUCUUGGGGUGCGGACUGGGCGGCGUCGUCCUUCUAUCCACCACCACGAGUGUUUCAAGCGAAUGGCGGCUGGGGGCAGGCACGGCCCUCUGCCUGCUAGCCCUGGGAGUCCUGCUCAAACAGUUGCUCAGCUCAGCUGUGCAGGACAUGAACUGCAUUCGAAGCCGUCAGCGAAUCGACAUGCUGAAAAGUGGUGGUUUAUCAGACCUCCUUGUGGUUUUGAUUACUGGGCUAUCACUUUUGAUUUGUGGAGGAGUUCUACUGCGUCUGGCCCUGGCUAACCACAUGCCAAAGCCCGGCCAAGCACUUAAUGACAUGUACAUCUCUGGAGUGGUUUUGCUUGCUGGAGGGGGUGCAGCAGUUGUGGGUGUUGGGAUAUACUGUGUUGUGGUUGUCGUGUUUGAAAGGACAAGGCAUGGACGAAGGUUGAUGGACAGAGUCUUGAAUAUUUUCACUGUUUCUGGACACAUGGACCAUCAGGCUCGCAGAGAGACUACCUCCAGUCUGGCUAACCUCAUAUGAGAUGUAAUCAGACAAAGAUUGUAUAUUUUGUCCCCUUGCUAUUCAUGUCAGAACAUUUUGCCUCAAUUGAAUUAGAGCAGACUUCACACCCAAAUAUUACAAAAAAUCAUAUCAAAACAGGAUUCAUUCCUGAUGUGCUUCAGCUGAUAAUAAUCAAUCAAAUCUCAUUCACAGAGUAAGGGUGAAAGGAUAACACAGUGAAAGGCUCAUCUGUCUAAUGCAGGUCAGAUUUUUUUUCUCAGAAUAUGACCAGGCACGAAUUUACACGAGUGUCAUUUUAUUGAUGUUCUGUAAAUCUUACUGCAGUCAUAUAAGAACAGAUAUCAUAAUGUUUGGCAGUUUAGUCUGCAGGACACCAAGACAAAAGCCUGGGAAAAAAGGCAAUAAAUAAAGACUGACUCAAGGGGAGAGUCAGUGGAAUGAAAAGCACAUAGCUGAAACACAUCUGCAACUAAAGAGAGAAGUCUUCACAAACAGAAGUGAUGUUAUUGUCAUUGAAUAGAUUCAGCAGUCUGGAACUGAACACAAGAUCAUAGCCUGCAAUGAAAUGAGUCUUUUUAUUUUAUAUAGGGCUCUUACCCAUGGACGAUGUUUAAACUAAAAGUUGCACAAGGAUUAAGCCUACGCAGAUGAAGAGCCAAAAAACUAUCUUGUCAAAGGUGACACAAGGCAGUCGUUAAAGGGAUCAUAAAUUGGACUGUCACUCAUUCAAGAUAAUGUAUCUGUCAAAGUGUUCGUGGGCCACCCAUCUGACCACUUCCUGUUCAGUUAUUUUAAGAUAUAUGGAUAAGAGCACCAUCUGAAAGGAUAAAAUGUAAAUGGAGGACAAAUACAAAUUGACUAAUGGAUGGAACAACAGAACAAUGAAAAGAAAAAACACCUUUUUAAAUUUUCUUUGUGCACCACCUUCACUGUCCAUUUUCACACAGAGAUAUGAAAGUAUUCAAAUUUGAGGGAAUCUUUGACUGUGGGUCAAACUGAGGAAGGACAGUGGAUCAGAAGGCUAUAUAAACUUGACAUGGGACUGUGGUGCUUGUGACAGACGCUGUCAACUUCACUGUCUGUGUGUUUGCGAUACAAGACAACAUGAUUGUUAAAGAAAUAUCACCGCACUUUAGAUUGUAUGAAUGAUUUCUGUUUUUCAUCAGCACAUAUGUCUUAAAUCUCAGCAAUGCCUUGUUUUCCUUAGACCUGCUUUAAUUUAUGUAUUUCUUUACAUUAACACUUAAACCAAUUACUCUGUGUAAUCGAAAAUGAUAAUUCAUUGUGCUGAAGUCAUGAAUCACCAACUGCUUCAACUCUAUUGAGUUUUCAAGCGUUCAAGUGUUUUAAUUAUGUCUUUGAGUCUCA